AUGGUAGCGAAUUCAGCGAUUGAGACUGAUUUCGAGGCAGACCGAUGCAAGGUUUGUCAAGUCGAUUGCAACACGCCGGAACAAAAAGAGUUACAUCUGCGAUUUCCACUGCAUAACAGACGGAAGAACAUCAGUGCGUACUUGGCGAAGAUUGCUGCAAAUCCCGUGCAAUCGACGCGAUCAUCGGAAAUCUCGAGGAGAUAUGCACUUUUGAAGGAAAACGUUCUCGGAGCCGAUUGUAUCGUUGAGUUCGUCUUUCCGUGGUGCGAGUCCGGCUGGUGGGCUUGUUCGAUUUGCUAUGAGAGCGGUAACAACUACGAUUUGCUGGAUCAACAUUUGAGUAGUAGACGACAUCUCGGCAUUUACUUGAACGAACUGAUUAGCGAUCCAAAUAUCAACGCUCUCACAUGUGACGCUGGGGAAUUGUUGCGACUGAAAGAUGAUAUCUUCGAAAGGGGAGAAAUGAUGUUACCGCCUGAUGUCAUCUCACUUUCCAUUUCAAAGCCGGAAGCCAUGUCUUCACUCGUCAUUUCCGAUCGAAGUCCACCAUAUUCAACACAUGAAAGCGGGCAAAAGAAUAUGGUCUUCCUCUCUUGUCAGGUUUGCCACGAGUCGUUCUUGAGCAUCGUGAAAGGGCCAGAGCAAUUACGAGCCUGGGAUGUACACUCAGUCAGUCCAGCACACCGAAACGCUCUCUACAUUAGCAAUGUGAUCGGACUUUGUAAUCCAAAGGAGGUUGUUGAUGAAACGGCGAAUACCAACGAGCAUAAUGGGCCAUUUGGAUGGAGGAAUUAUGAAUUGUUAUUGGAUGGAAAACAACCACCACCGGGAGUUCAAAUGCAAGGACCUGUUUGUGGAAUUAAUCAUCUAGUUACUUUCAACGAUCAAGCCUAUUGUGGCCUGUGCUUUUGCGCUGUUCACGGUUUGGAGGAGCAUUUUUCUUCCGAGAGUCACAUCAUACGCUUUGUGAACAAAACGAAACCGAAAGCUGGCUUCAUAAUGACGCAAUGUCAUGAAAGGCUGCGAAGGAGUAAAUUGCUUUCCAAUUUGGAUCGUCACGGUUUGUCGAUUGAUCGAUCCCGUUGUUGUGAAUGUCCGAUGCCAAAAGAGUUGAGAGAUCGUAUUGUAAAAGGACCAUUGCCACUACCCGAGCCUAUUCCCAUGGUUGAACCCUUCGACAAUAAAAAUCAAUGUAUCUUCUGUCCAAUUUGCAUUGCCGCACUACAACUCAAAGAGAAUGAGGAUCCGAUUGCGGUUUGGCACAAACAUCUUGUAACUGCUGAGCAUCUUCGAAUGUGUGCUAAAAGGAAUGAAUAUUAUUUGGAUGAUAAAUUCUUUGUUCCGACUCGAUCAUCGAUUGAAUGGGAGUUGAAUCAAAUCAACGAAACUCUUGGCCAUUGGACGGAAGAAGAUGGAAAAUGGAUCCAAAAUCAAUUCAACAUUGGACUCGAGUUUAUCAUUGACAAUAGGAAUGCUGAGCAAUUUAUUUGUACUCAAUGUGCUGAAGUGUUUCAUUAUUCACAGAAGGCUCAAGCUUUACAUCAUCUACGGAGCCUCGAUCACUUGACAAAGUACCUUCACAUUUCCAAUCGGGACCUGAUCUCAAAAUUUGAACGUAAAGAGGGUCAGCCAACGAACAUGAGAGAAAUGAGGAGAAUGUUGGAUGCCAAUAUGGAUUUGCUUCAAAUUGCACCACAUAGACUAUCACAAUUAACCGACGCUCGAGUUUAUGAUCCCCAACUUGCUGUUCGAAUGGAAUAUUGGGGGAAAAUCAAUAAACGAACGGUAGAGCUUUCCGGAUUUGAAUUUGAACAACGCGACCUACUUGAAACGGUUUAUGAGCUGGUGGACAAAGUGGCUGAUGAUGAUGCUGAAACACAAGAGAUCUCACUGCGGGAAGCGCUUUUGGCCACUUCAAUCAAAGUCCUCGAAAUUGGCGAAUCAACUUUAAUCUGUCGUUGCUUGAAAUGUCAAAAUGUAAUCGUCACCGAGCCAAGCAAACUUGUCGAGGAUAUGAGUGAACAUCUUUCAAAGGAAGAGCAUCAACGACGACAAAUUGCUAUUCUUUCUUGUCAAAUGGCGCCGAAUGGUUUCACCGACCAACCUUCUGGAUAUACGGUGAAAGAAUUUGAGCAAAAGGACCCAAUAAAGAAAGUCACGUGGCACUACAACCAGACGCUGAAAAUGCAUGAAUUCGUGUUGGCCAUUGUUGGUCUACAAGAUAUCGUUGAGAGGAAGAGCAACGAGCAUGACAUCGAACCACCGGAUCCGACAGAAUGUGACUUUUACUGUCGUCUAUGCUUGGUAUCGUUUCCGCGGAAAGCUCAGGCAUUGGAGAGCCACAUUCGUUCGUCUACUCACAUUCUUCAAUACGUGCACAAAUACCAUCCGACAGCAUUGAAGAAGAUUGAGCAAAGCGCGGAGAAUGAUAAUGGCCGUGAAUUCCGGAAGGUUCUUGCACAACUUCUGAAAGACGUGAAGCCGCCAAGCCAAUAUUGUAUAAUGGUUUACGAUCCAUUUGGAGAACGUCAAAGACGGGCAAUUCUCGCAAUGCAAAGAGCACAAGAAGAUGAAAGACGACGAGCCGAGGAAGAAGAAAGAAAAGUUGCGGAAGAAACGAGGAAAAAGAAAGAUGAAGAACGAAGAAAGCAACGGGAAGCUGAGUAUAAAGCCAGAGCGCGCAUACAAGCUGAACGAGACAAAUUGGAGGCUGCUCAACGAGAAAAACGCAUGAAAAUUGAGGCUCAACGAGAACGACUUGAAAAAGAAGCGAGAGAGCGCCGAGCUAUGAUGGAAGCAAGAGAGCAAAAAGAGCGAGAUCAAUUAAUGGCUUUAGCUUUUGCUAAACAGCAAGAACUUGAGGCAGCAAGAAAUAGGUUGGAACAGGAAAGGCAAAUGAUUGAGGAAACAAAGAAAGGAAAAGAGCGGGCAAUUUUGCAAGCACGAUUGAGUGAAGAGCGACGGAGAUUGGAUGAACAAAUUCGUGAUAAACAGCGGCAAAAGCAACUGAUUGAGGAUAGGAAGAAGUUGGAACAAGAGCUUGAAGAUGUACGACGUCGUAAGGCUGAAACCGAAGCUCGACGAAUUGAGCUGGAGAAUCGACAACAAUCGGCAGCGAUCGCUUCAAGGCAAUCUGCCUCUGUACCUCGGCCUUCACUCAUCAUUCCGCCAGCACCAACUCUCAAUUUACCGCUCACACAACCAAAUCUGAUGCCGGGUUUACCCAUGCUAAAUCCAGUUCAAUUCACGGUUCCACCGCCAACUUUCAAUGCCGGUGUUCCUCCUCCGAGUGUGGCGAUGUCGAUGGGUCAACCAAUUUCUUUCAAUAUGGCAAAUCCGAACAUUCGACCGCCACCCCAAUUGAUGCCCCAACAAGCGAUUCCCUGGCAAACCGUUCGACCAACUUUGGCAAAUGUGGCGGUUGACCCUUAUCUUCUGGAUCCAGCAAUUAUCACAUCAAGGGAGCAAUUGCUUGACUUUAUGGAGCGACAAGGCACGAUACCGAUUCCAAAAGAAGAAGUAUCCUUAAUCAAAAGAUUUAACACUUAUGUGGCUAGUGUUCAAGGAUUACUUGGUUUAGCAUCAAUAUAUGAAGUCGUUUGUUUGGAUGAUCCGAAGCUUGAGUCCUACUAUUGUUCGUUGUGUCGUCAUUGGGCUUUAGCUGGAGAGAUGAUUAAGCAUAUGGAAUCCAAUGUGCAUCGACUAGCAUAUUUGUUCAAAUUCCGGGUAGCGUUCCACAAUGCGGUGAUGUCGGAAACGAAUGUAAUGGUUCGAGACUGUAUGAUUGAACAGUUUGCUGUCGAGCUUUGGAAGAGAGAACAACCUGGAGCUGUACUAUCACAGCGUUUACGAGCCGUUUUGAACAAACAAGUGGUUCAACGACUUUGGCCGAAUUAUUAUUUAUCGCAAGAUCAAUCGUGGAAAUAUGAUCCAAGAGCUGGAAGCCCGAUCCCAGUGGAUCCAUCGGAUACAUCUUUGAUGAAUCUGGAGCUUCCCGGAAGAAAUACGAUGAUGCCCAUGAAUGUUUCAAUGGUUUGGGAAGGCGGACCAAUGGAAAAUUUGAUGCAUAAUGAGAUGGAUAGACGAAGUGACGAUCGAGCACGAAGGAGAUCAAGUCGAAGUCCAAGCGGAACAGAAAAGACAAAGGAGGAAGUGAUCGACGGAGAUCACGGUCCCGGGAUCGCCCAAGGAGGUCAACGUCGAGAAAUCGAAGAAGGAGCACAAGUAGAAGUCGCAAAGAGAUCGAGAUCACGUGAUCGCCGUCGCCCGAAAAGUCGAUCACCAAAUCGUUCUCAUUUAAUGCAACCACUUAUUCCAAUAAACUCCACGGCUCCCAUCGGACAUCCGCCUUCGUGGGAAGAAUCAGCAGCAGCGUUCCUACAGAAAAUUGGUGAUACAAAGGCCGCUUCAAAAGUUUUGGAAUCGCAAGCCGCUGCCACUCGAUUGCCACUUCCAAAUCCUCCGUCGACAUCUCAAGCGAGAAGCGAAAACAAUGAAAACGCUCAACUUCGGAAAAUGCUUGGCUUGCUGGUGACAAUGCAAAAAGAGGCAGAAACACGUGGAAGUUUGGAUGAUCAAAUGAUAAACCAAAUUUAUGGGGAAAUGGGAUUGAAAAGAAACGCUGACUCAGAAGCUGAUGCUUUACUUGUAAAGGUGUGCAGUUUGAUUGGCGGAACUAGCGCUCAAGACCCAACGAAGGCCAAACCCAAAAUUGAUCUUUCCGUUUUUGGGAUUGAAGAGGCAAAUCCGGCGACUCCACCAAAGAACUUUGGCGUUGAUUCAAUCCCAACCUUUGGCCAAAACUCGGAAAAUCUUUAUGGAAUACGAAAGGAUCCAGCAGCACAACUACCGAAAAAGCAACAAGAUGGUUCAUCAUCUUCUGCUUUGCCACCACAUUUGCAGACACUUCUUUCUGGACUAAAAGGAACGCUGAAUCAACUGAAAUUCCCGAGUGUUAAUACAUCGACGGCACCGCAACCAUCAGCAAAAGGAAACUAUGGAGAUGAUCUACUUCGCCCGAAUCUAGUGCAUCGACCAGAUGACGUUCUUAGUACGGAAUCCAAUGUAAAGCACAUUUACCCAGGAGCACAUGACCAACAGCCCCCGCCGAAACCUCAAGGAAGAAAUGACAAUCGUCCGUUUGGCAACACCGGAGCUACUUAUUCGCCUAUGGAUUACCCACCACCUGUUCAAAAUCGUCCACCGUUGCCAAAAAGCCAGUUGCCAGUUCCAGUUCAUCCGGGACAGGCUGGACGCUCGAGUGAAGAUGGAUAUGAUGCCGUUUUCCCUGUAAAAAGUAGAGAGCCGAAUAUGCCAGGAGGAGCGAUACGGAAUCAAAGCGGACCGAGUGGACAAAGUCAGGGUUAUAAUUCUCAAGAGCCUCGAAUGAAUCCUGACGGAAAACCCUCAGCAACAAGAAAUAUGCGCAAAAAAAUGAGGAAGGAGUUGCGAGAGAAAGGAUACAAUCCAGAUGCUUUCAAUUACUAUCAAUCGGGUCCUGAACCAAUUCCAGGGAAAAAUCUUCAGCUUCCCGCGGAUUUCAGACCAUCUCAGGAGGAUCUCGAAGGAGAUUUUAGCCAUGCCGAACAACCACGUCAACCACAAAGAGGAAUACAGGGGCAAGGAAGGCCACCUCAAAUGAUUGAGCUUGACGAGGAUGAUUGGGAAGGAGCCGUCGGAAGUCUCAACAAUUUGAUGACAGAGAAGCCACAACAAAGGCACCAACAAGGAACGUCAUCGAAUCAACAGCAAAAGCUUCAACCGUUGAUGGAAAUAGAUUACGGAGAUCCGCAUGCUAGAUAUGGUGGGCCAAAGGGUGGACCAACGCCGGGAAGAAGUCAAUCACCAGGAUUUGCACGAGGCGGUCUUCAAUAUGGAGGCCCAUCCCGACCACAGGGAAACGAUCAGCAGUGGCCACACCCACAAGGAAACAACUAUCCAGGGUAUCCUCGUGAUCCCUACGCUCCUCCCCAGCCUCAACCGGUUUCGAGGUUGUCUCAAUUACGAGGUGCUCCUCCACCACCACCAUCAAAUCGUUCGGGAAAUUAUCCAAACUAUCCGCCACGGGGUUAU